AUGCAAAUUUUCGUCAAAACCCUUACGGGUAAGACGAUCACCCUUGAGGUCGAGUCCUCUGACACUAUUGACAAUGUCAAGGGCAAAAUCCAAGACAAGGAGGGCAUCCCCCCUGACCAACAGCGUCUAAUUUUCGCUGGUAAGCAGUUGGAGGAUGGCCGUACUUUGUCCGACUACAACAUUCAAAAGGAAUCUACCCUUCAUUUGGUUCUCCGUCUUCGUGGUGGUGGUAAGAAGCGUAAAAAGAAAACUUACACUACCCCUAAGAAGAUCAAGCACAAGCACAAGAAGGUUGAGCUCGCCGUCCUCAAGUACUACAAGGUUGAAGAUGAUGGCAGUGUCAAGCGCCUCCGUCGUGAGUGCCCUACUUGCGGUGCCUCUGUCUUCAUGGCCAACCAUGGUGACCGUCUUUACUGUGGUAGAUGCCACUUGACACUCAAGUUGGAAGCUUAA